AUGAUGCAUAUCAUAAAAAUUAUAAAGAAAUGCUUAGUAUGGUAGAGACUUUAAAUGAACGUCUAAAUUUAGCGGUUAAACAAGGCCCCGAUAAAGCAAUUGAAAAGCAUCUUAAACGUGGUCAAUUAUUAGUUCGUGACAGAAUCGACCUUUUAUUAGAUGAAGAUUCACCAUUUUUAGAAUUAUGUCCUUUAGCAGGAUGGGGUCAAGAUGAUAUGACAUUAGGCGGUUCAAGUGUUGCAGGUAUCGGCCUUGUUUGUGGCAUAGAAUGUUUAAUAACCGGCAACGUUCCGACAUUAUUUGGAGGUUCAUCUAACAAAGUCAGUGUCGCUAAGGGCGCUAGAAUUAAUGCUAUAGCUUGGCAAAAUAGAUUACCUUUAAUUCAAUUAAUUCAAACUGGAGGUAGUAAAUUGGAACAGCAAUUUAAAGUUUUUCAUCCGGGUGGUGCUCAUUUUCGAAGUUUGGCCGAGCGAACAAAAGCCGGCCUUCCUACUUGUAGUAUAGUAUUUGGUAAUUCAACAGCCGGUGGUGCAUAUACACCUGCUUUAACUGAUUAUAUUAUUAUGGUGAAAAAUCAAGCUCAGGUGUUUCUUGGUGGUCCACCACUUGUUCAAUUGGCUACCGGUGAAAUUGUUGAUGCUGAAAGCCUCGGUGGUGCAGAUAUGCAUAGUAGAAAAUCUGGUGUUUCUGAUCAGCUUGCAUUGGAUGAACAUGACGCUAUUUAUAAAGCUCGGGAAUUCAUUUCUAGACUUAAUUGGGAAAAAAGAGGAAAAAUUCCUCGAAGUCAUCUUGCUCCAAAGAUAGAUGAACCUUUGUAUGACAUUGAUGAACUUCUUGGAAUUGUGUCUGCAAAUAUUAGAGUGCCCUUUGAUGCUAAUGAAGCUAUCAUUCGUAUAGUGGAUGGAUCAAGGUUUACGGCAUUUAAACCUCUUUAUGGGCCAAAUUUAAUCACUGGCUGGGCCGUUAUUCACGGUAAGAAAUAUGAGGAAGAAGGGAUAAUAAAGGCUGGAGCACAUUUUGUAAAUGCCGUUAGCAACAGUCAAGUACCCGUUAUUACUAUUAUGAUGGGUGCUUCUUAUGGUGCUGGAAAUUAUGCUAUCAAAUGUUCAGUAAUGGGUCCAGAGCAAUUAGCAGGAGUUCUGGAUUUAAUUACUCGUGAAGCCGCUGCUAGUGCGGGCAAAAAAAUUGAUGAAGUAGCAGCUGCAAGAAAUAGAGCCUUGUUAUCAAGUAAAGUUGAAAAAGAAUCUGAUGUAUAUUGGACAACAUCAAGAUUAUUAGAUGAUGGAGUAAUUGACCCAAGAAUGACUAGAGUUAUUUUGGGAUUCUGUUUAAGUGUUGUUUAUAAUGAGAAAGUUGAAGGUGGUAGCUUAGGUGGUGUUAGUAGAAUGUAG